ACACAGCCUUGAAUUACUCCACCGGCAACUGUUGCAUUCCCAACUCAUCUGACGUCAAGUGGGAAGGGCUCAGGCCAGAGUAGACUAUAAAAAGUCCUCUGCUACCUUGGUUCAUUCACAACGACACUCUGGAUUACCAACGCCCGCGUAGAGAAGCUCCUUCAUCGGGCUCCUCUUCGGACAACACAGCAGGAGAAGCAGGGGGUUCACAAACCAGCCCGACGUAAACAAUGAAAAUGUCAGCGGCGGAGAUCAGCCAGGUCCUCAAGGAGGGAGAGCUGGAGAAGAGGAGCGACAACCUGCUCCAGUUCUGGAAGAGGAAGACGUGCGUCCUGACCACGGACAGCCUCAACAUUUACGCCGACACGCAGAAGCGCUCCCGGGGCAAGGAGCUCAAGCUGCAGUCCAUCAAGAAGGUGGACUGCGUGGAGCGCACCGGCAAGUUCGUCUAUUUCACCAUCGUUACCACAGACAACAAAGAGAUUGAUUUCCGGUGCUCCGGGGAGGAGAACUGCUGGAACGCAGUGAUCACCAUGGCGCUGAUCGAUUAUCAGAACAGAAAGGCCAUCCAGGACUUUAAAACGCGACAGGACAAUGAGAGCGCGUCACCCGGACAGCAGGAGAGGCGCAUGGCGAGGGCGCCCUGAGCCGCUGCGGGACUCUGGCACUUACCCACUCCUAAUAUGUGUCAAAGUGGACCAUAUAUAAAUAUUACGCGGACCAAAAGGAAGACGGAAGAUGAGGUCAUCCGGUCCAGAGAUGAAGGAUUGUUCGGGACUGAGCUCUCAGAGAGCGGGGGAAACUGACCUCAACCGACAGACUGAGAGACUUUCCAGAAGCUACACACAGGAAUGAACUCUUGAAUUUUCAAAACUAUUUCAAGUUUGCUCUCCUGGGAGGAAUGACUCCUGAAACCAUGAUGUUAAUUUAUUUGUUUCCAGGAUAUGUUGUUACUGGCAAACAGUUUUUUGUUGUUUAAAUUAUUUACU